CAUCUUGGCUUUCAAUCUAUAAGUCAGAAAAGAAAGAAAAAAUAGAAAAUUGGAAAGUAGUACCCCCCUCGUACUGUUUUGCAAAGUCUCUUUUCGUAAAUCCACCCUCAUCGAAGCAGCCUCUACAGCAGAAUGGAAAACAUUAGCGUGGGAUUCAUCGGUCUAGGAAAAAUGGGCUCGGCGUUAGCCUACGGAAUGGAAAAAUCCAAGCUCAUUGGAAAACAAAAUAUUUAUUACCACACACCAGUGAAGAAGGAAGUACCCUUUGUUUACCUCCAAACGAAUGAAUUGCUUGCCAAGACGUGCGACAUAAUUGUGCUAGCCGUGAAACCAAACCUUGCUGGAAAAGUUCUUCUGGAAAUUAAGCAAUGCGUAGGCUCUAAAUUGGUCAUCUCCAUUUGUGGCGGACUGAACUUAAAAACCCUGGAAGAGAUGGUGGGAGUGCACGCGAAAAUUGUGAGGGUCAUGCCAAACACCCCAUCCCUGGUUGGAGAAGGCUGCCUUGUUUUUUGUGCAAAUAAUCAUGUAGACGGAGCAGAUACACAAAAGGUGAUCGAUAUUUUCAGCGCAUGUGGAGUUAUAAAAGAAAUAAAAGAAGCAGACAUGGAUAUAGCAACAGCCAUCUCUGGUUGUGGGCCAGCUUAUGUUUUUCUAUUUAUUGAAAGUUUAAUUGAUGCGGGGGUUAAGAAUGGGCUAAAUAGGGAUGUGUCAAAAGAACUGGUUCUGCAAACAAUCCUUGGAUCUGUUCACAUGGUUAAGGCUUCGAGUCAGCCCGUUCAGCAGCUGAAGGAUGACGUGUGUUCCCCUGGUGGGAUUACCAUCGUGGGGUUGUCCACCCUGGAGAAGCACGCAUUUAAAUAUACAGUGAUGGAUGCAGUAGAGAGUGCCUGUGAAAAAUCCAAGUCAAUGCACUGAACGGUAGAAACUUAUGAUUACCAUCCAGCGUUCUGUAAAAUUGUGCCACUGCUACGAGGACAUUUUAGCUAUUUGUACAUCCUCAGAGAAGAACUUUAAACAUUCGUUCGUCUGAUUUAGGUUAAAUUAACACCAAAAAAAAAAAAUAAAUAAAAGAGAGAGAGACUAAACAUGGGACAAAUGGUUAAGUCAUUUGGGAAAACAAAAAAGGAAACGAAGGGAAAAAGGACUCGCCAGGGUGUGACGCGGCAAAUGGGUCAACGCGCAAGUGGGAGGAUCAUCCGGGGAUGCUACAUCCUCCUCCUAUGGAUCAGGUAGAACCCAAUUUUUUACGCUUCCCUUUUAAAAAAUACAUUUCGCAAUAAGUUUAUUAUAUUCUGCUUCUUCCCAUCCGUCGAUUCUGUGUUCAUGGAUUUAAAAAAUUUGUAGUUUAUCUGGUUCAUAUUUACAUCCCUUUUGAGAAUUCUUUUUUUAUUUAUGGCUGAAUUAUCCACCAUAUCGGAC